UAAACAAGUGGCAGAAAAGAAAGAUGGAAGAGGUAGCGCACCGGUGGCUCUGGGGCCGCCUGAAAACCCGGCGGUCGCCCAGUCCGCCUUCGAAAUGCCAGCACAGGCAUCUCCCGCUGAGAUGAGAGAGGCUUUGACUCAGUUCACAGAGCCGAAUUCUUUCGUUUUGGUCCACGGUGCGGAACACGAAAUCUUGAGUGCCGGGGUGGAGGAAGUAGGACUGGUGGGCGUCCGGGGGGGAAGCAGAUCUCAGCAAAAUGCUGGAAACUCUCCCAGUGCACGUGGUGCAGUUGGCCCUGGGAGGCAGAGGGGUGCCUCGCGGGGUCCCAAGAUGCUGCGGUGCAGGAUCCUGCCGUGGGCCAGGCUAGAUCGCUUUCAAGGCUCCUCCCAGCUCUGAAAAGCCUGUUGAAGGCGUGGGAUCAGCUGGCUUGUCUGCAUUUUUAUCCAGGGAAUUAGGAAGCACCCAUCCCGGCGGGGAGCUCUUUUGCCCUUACGGCAAUGCUCUUGUUCUUAACGUGCUGCGCUUCCCUGCGUCUGCCCGUCACAGGCCGCAACGCACCAGGACAUGAUGUACUGGCUGCAGGAGCUUCAGCAGAAGAGGUGGGAAUAUUGCAACAGCCUCGACGCUGCCCAGAGGUGCAGUCGGACGUCGCCCACCCCGGGGGGCUGCUCCAAGGGGCUGGUGGCCAAAGACAGUCCCGAUCUGACGGCGCUGCCUCCAAACGCUUCAGCCGAGAAAGCCAGGAAUGUCCUCGCCGUGGAGAUCGCCCCCACGGAGCUGGUGGGGGAGCAAGCAGCCUGCCUGCCGGCCCCAGGCCACCCCAGCCCCAUCAAUUUCUCCUUGAAGCAGUGGGGCACGGAGAUCAGGAAUUCUGUGUCUUCCUUAAGAACCGGAAAAGGAAGUAGUGAAAACCGCAAGAGUGUUUUUUACACAGAAGAAUGGGAAAUGCUAGAUCCCACCCCAAAAGAUUUGCAAGAAUCAGCGGCUCAGGAAGAAAAAAGAAGGUUGGCAGCAGAACCCAGCAAAGGUGGGUCCGGCUCAGCCUUCCCGUUUGAUUUUGGCCGCCUCCCACACAAAGCCAGGCGUCCUUGGAAGGACCCGAUGGCCGCCAGCAAAGGCCGGAGCAGCCCGGAGACCUCUCCUCUGGCCUGGAACGGCGGCCGGACGGCUGCAGAGAUGCAGCUGAAGUUCCAGAGCCAGCAGGAGGAAGUGGAGCAACUCAGGAAGGAGCUGGCCAGCCAGAAGGAACUUGUGCGGCUCUUGCAGCAGACGGUCCGGUCUUCCCAAUACGACAGGUACUUAGCGGGGCCCCUCUGUGACGGCGGGGCCAAGGGCCACUUGGAGCUGCUUCACCAGAAAGACCACCAGAUUUUGGGUCUCAACCACCAGCUCGAAAGGCUGAACCUAGAGAAGGAGCACUUGCAGCAGGAGGUGGCGAGCUUGAAGUCCAAGGUGGGUGAGCUGGACGAACAGCUGGAGAUGUUCAUGGAGACCAUCCAGGCAAAGGAUGAGGUGAUUGUGAAGCUCUCCAGGGAGCUGAGCGAGAGCGAGGAUCAAUCGCCUUGGCAGACCGGAUCAGGGCCUGCGGACGCCUCCCCCCCCGUCAGCAAGGAGUUGCAGGAGCUCAGCAAGCUGAAGGACAGUCUGCAGGGCUACAAAACCCAGAACAAAUUUCUCAAUAAGGAGAUCCUGGAACUUUCUGCUUUGCGAAGAAAUGCCGAGAACAGAGAGAAGGAGUUGAUGGCCAAGUACACGAGCCUCGAGGCCAGAAUGUGCCAGGUGGAAAGCAGGUACCUGAUUCUGCUUCAGGAGAAGAAGGCCCCAGUGUGCUCGGAGGAGCAGAGUCCCCACAGCGACAUCAUCGCCCAGCUCUUGGAAGACGCCCUGAAGGUGGACAGCAGCGAACAGCCCGAACAGGCCUACUCCAGGCCCCACCUGGUCAGCGAAUACGAUGUGUAUGGGUUUCAAACGGUCCCGGAGGACGAGGAGGAGGAGGAGAGGCUGGUUGCGAAAGUGCGGGCCUUGGACCUGAAAUCCUUGUCCCUCUCGGAGCACCAGGAGAUGUCCACGGGCGUGAAGUGGGAGAACUUCCUGGCUGCCACCGCGAACAGGGAGAUGGUCCGGUCGGUGGAGCUGAAGAACCUCAUCCGGGGCGGGAUUCCCCACGACCACCGUUGCCAGGUAUGGAAAUGGUGCGUGGGCCUCCACGUGAAGAAGUUCAAGGACCGCAGCCCCCCGGGCUACUUCCAGAGCCUGCUUCAGAACGCCCUGAAGAAGCAGAACCCGGCCUCCAAGCAGAUCGAGCUGGACCUCCUGCGGACCCUGCCCAACAACAAGCAUUACUCGUCCCCCACCUCGGAGGGCAUUCAGAAGCUGCGGAACGUCUUGCUGGCUUUCUCUUGGCGGAACCCCGACAUCGGCUACUGCCAGGGGCUUAACAGGCUGGCGGCCAUCGCGCUGCUCUACCUGGAGCAGGAAGAUGCCUUUUGGUGCCUGGUGACCAUAGUGGAGGUCUUCAUGCCCCGGGACUACUACACUAAAACGCUCCUUGGCUCUCAGGUGGACCAGCGAGUCUUCAAGGACCUGAUGAAUGAGAAGCUGCCCCGGCUGCACGCACACUUUGAACAAUACCGGGUGGACUCCUCGCUCAUCACCUUCAACUGGUUCCUGAUUGUCUUUGUGGACAGCGUGGUCAGCGACGUUCUCUUCAAAAUAUGGGAUUCCUUUCUGUAUGAGGGACCAAAGGUUAUUUUCCGGUUUGCUUUGGCACUCUUCAAAUACAAAGAGGAGGCGAUCUUAAGGCUCCAAGACUCGACUUCCAUAUUCAAGUACCUCAGAUCUUUCACUCGCACAGUCCUGGAUGCCAGGAAACUGAUCGGCAUCGCUUUUAGGGACCUCAAUCCCUUUCCUCUGCGCCAGAUCAGGAACCGGAGGACCUACCACCUGGAAAAGGUGCGCCUGGAGCUCAUGGAGCUGGAAGCCAUGCGGGAGGAUUUCUUGCGCGAAAGGGAGACCAACCCAGAGAAAAGGGACCUGAUCAGCGAGGAUGAAGAGGAUGGUUGAAGGCAGCCUGGGCGGCCUCCUUCG